UUCCAUCUCAAUCCUCUAACCUACAACUUUAGGCCCCUCGAACCUAAACCUCUCUACACUAAAGCCUACUAACCUUAGGCCUAUCGCCUAGCUUCCCUCUUCCUUCCCUCCCCCUUCCUAUUACUUCACAUCAUUUUCUACCCGCAUGACUUCAAUGUCAUAAAAACAAGGCGAAUUAAUUAUAAUACAAAAUGGAGACUAGAAGCACUCCUCAGGCGCUUCUCUCCUCCUACGCGCCGCGACUGCGCGUCUACAACAAUUCUCUCCUCACCCCAGUCAUCCAUCCUGCUGCACCUGCAGGCCCCAUAUCGCGAACGACAAAACGCGGCACUACUGUCAUCAAUUAUGCUGAGGAUGGCUAUGACUACGAUGAAGAAGAAGAUGACGAUUCCCGAAGACGACCUACGGGCUUGCGCAGCCUACGGCGCGAGGACAGCGCAUCUAGGAUAGAUCCCGGCGACAGAUUUGGAAAAGAGACUACUACCCCCGUACAAGUUCAGGGUAUCUGGAGAGAUUGGAUGCUGAAGACUAAGAAUCGAUCGGAUCUAAACAACCAGGCACAGGCUGCCCUGCCUAUCACCCUCAUUCCUAUACGUAUCGACGUCGACAUUCCUGGCUUUAUGCCUACAGCCUCAUUGCCCCUACCCCGGGGCCUUACUCACCCACCACCACACAUGGACCCGUCCUUGUAUAAGACUGGCGAGAUGACCGUCCCUUACAAAUUAAGAGAUAUAUUUCUGUGGAAUUUGCACGAGACCUUGAUUACUACCGAUCAAUUCGCGCUGAGCCUUGUCCAAGAUCUGGACCUUCCCAGCCCAGUCAUGAUUGCUUCUGAGAUUAGCAAGCAAAUCAGAACACAACUGGAGGAAUAUGCCGGCGUGGCCUUACAUCCGCUCUUCCACUCCGAAGACCAGGCCCCUACGAAUGGCACCGGAUUAGCUCCUCAAUCCAGCUUUCGUGAUACCCCUGCUACUCCUGCCACACCUCUCCCUGGCUUGAUGCGUGGCCCUGACACUCCGUUCCGCAACGGUCUCGACACCAGCUUUGAUACUCCUUCCAAGGUACCGCGCUCACAGGUUCCUGAGAUAACAGCUAAUGCUACGCCGAUUCCUGCCGACUCGGAAGAUUUAAAUCACGACGACACUUAUCGAUGUAUCGUUUCCCUCAACGUGAACCUCUCUUCCCAGCUAUACACAGAUAAAUUCGAAUGGUCACUUCUUCAUCCUCCAGGUACUGCCGAGGCGUUCGCCAAAAUAACGUGUGCUGAUUUGGGUCUUGCUGGUGAAUGGGUGCCUGCUCUGACGCACGCGAUCUAUGAAGCAGUAUUGCGCCUGAAAAAGGAAGCAUGCGAAGCCGGUGGCCUAGUGGCAGGCUGGGGUGGGGUGGGCACCGAAUUUCCUAACGAGGCUGCUCACGGUGCGGAUGCAGGUUGGCGAUAUGACCCCGAACACCUUGCCGAUGAGUGGGAACCAAAGGUGGAGAUUCUAUCGAAGGAGGAAAUAGAAAAGCGAGAAGUCGACCGUGAACGACAGGUCCGCCGUCUUCGCCGGGAGACAGCACGAUUCAGUAGUAAUGCCGGUAUGAUAGGAGGCAUUCCCGGCCUGGGCAUAGAAGUCGAGGAGGAACGAAUGGGACGCGGAGAAAGGUCGAAAAAGAAGCGAAGAUUCCGAAGUCUGAGCCCGCUUGGCCGCUCUGGCACACCAGGUGGUAGAAACACUCCGGAUGUAGGGUAUGGUGGAGGCGGCACACUUGCCGACCAAGAAAGGCUUAAUUGGCGAUGCCACCAUUGCUAUAUCUGGGGCACGAGUGUCUGGGCAGUUAGAGAUGGGCCACGGGGUCCUAGGACCCUUUGUGCCAAUUGUGGUCGUUUAUAUGAACAAACUAAGAAGCUGCCUCGAUGGGCCAAGAACCUGCAUAUGGCGGACGCACGUCCGUUCUAGUACAAUGCGACUCCAGCUCCAGUUGACAUGCCAGGCACGGGGAAGAGGAGGAGACGCAGGUCAACAAAGCCCGAGUAGUAGUGGCAUAUUAUCUGGAUUGUGAGUUCGACAAUGGCGUUUACGGGCGGG